CUCUUCGAAUGGACACGUGCCGGAUUCCCGUUGGCGAAGCCUUGGCCGUGGGGAACCAGAGCAGCCGAAGAUCCCGCUUAGGGAAGCGCAGAGCAGCGAACAAACACAGCGUUAGAAAAAGGAAAACACAGACAAACUACUCUGAUCUCUUCCCAUUCAACGGUUCCCUCUGAUUUCCAUUCUUUUUCGAUCAAUUUCCUUAUUCGCUGCAUAAUCUUGCGUGAAAUUGUUUGAUCCCUUGAUUCCUUAGACUUUGCGCUAUGUUUUGGUGGUAAAUCUGGUUCAAUGGAGUGGCUACGGGAGUGAAGAAAUGCUGGCGGCCAUGGAGAGCAGGAUGAGUGGUGGAUGCCAGCGUAAUUUCGGGGAAAGUAGCGAGGAGGAGCUGCCCGUGCUCCCCCGCCACGCUAAGGUAAUCGUCACCGGCAACGACAAGACCAAAUCAGUGUUCGUCGGCAUCCAGGGGCUCGUCAAAAAGGCUGUGGACCUUGGAGGUUGGCACUGGUUGGUUUUGACAAAUGGAAUAGAAGUGAAGCUUCAACGUAAUGCACUAGGUGUGAUUGAAGCCCCAACUGGCAAUGAGGAAGAUGAUGAGUUUCUGGAUCUAUACAAUUACAUAAAACUCAAAGCUCAAGGAGCAGACACCAAAAAGGAUCUUGGAGCAGAUCUAACUCUUUUGAUUCCCAGUCUAAGGGAUCUGUUUCCUCCUCCACAAUGAGCGCAGUAAGAUCUAAAAUUCACAUCCCUCAGUUAUUGGCUUAUGGAAUCUAGUCCACUCCAUUGUACAUGCCCAAUGUUAAAGUGGUUAUUAGGUCCCUUUGUGUUGCUUUUAUUGGUCGUUCAUUUCAUAUACAGAAAACAACAUUCAUUAGUGCUUUCUGAGAAUCAUGGCUAGAGCUCAAUAUUUUGUUUGUGUAGAAGGUUGACCUGAGCAAAUUAGAAACAACAGCAUUGCAGAGAUAUUAUCGACACUUCAACCUUGUAAGAUGGAUGCUAAACCCUAAACCCUAAACCCUAAAUCCUAAUUCCUCCAAAGAGCAGUUGAUUGAAGUUGUUCAAAGGCAUUUCGUUUCUCAGCAAUUGGAUGAAAUGCAGGUAAUUACGGGGUUCAUGCAAGCCGCAAAGAGACUGAAGACCAUCUGCAAUUAAACGUGGGGGUACCUGUCUAACGUGCGCUAGCAGAAUGGUGGUAAGUCCUGCGAAUCUAUCGGAAGUUAGUUACUUCAUUGUUAGUUUUGUGCAGAUAAUCUUCUCUGUAAAGAUCACUAAAUUAAACGCCGUUGGACUAUUUGGAAUAGAAAUGGGCAGUGUGUGUCAAAACUGAGCCUGUAUAUUAGAACCAUGGUAUUGAUUUCCACAAGUAAUGCAUUUUUUUU